ACUUAGUUCCACCCUAGAACUCUUAUAGACAAGCAGUUUACAAAUUGUUUUGCGAUCCUAUUUAAUUAUCAAUAACUAAAUUAAUUUAAAUUGCAUACAUUAGUAUAAUAUAUACCAGCGUGGUGAAAUAGUGAUGAGAAGAAAUAUAAAAAACUUUUUAUACAUAUAAAAAUAAUUUUAAAAUAUAAAUUUCUUCUUAUGUAGUUGGUUGAAAGUAUAAAAAAGCAAGUCAUUGAGUUUAAUAAUAGAUUAAUUAAGUGUUUUGGAUACUCACUCGUAGUGAUAGGAAAUGGCUGAAAUAAUAAGGAAAGCGUAUCAGGGCUACAAAUUGCUGUUUAUGGAAUGGCCGGAUCCAAGGACAAAAUCAUGGUUUCUGGUGGCGAAGCCGUACCAAGGUGCCUUCAUUCUGGGCAUGUACCUUAUGUUCGUGUUCAAAUGGGGCCCAGCCUGGAUGAAGAAGAGACAACCCUUCAACCUGGAUAAAGUACUAAUAGUGUAUAAUACCAUACAGGUCGUACUGUGUGCCUACAUAUUUGUUUGUGCAAUCAGAUUUGGCUGGGGCUGGGACUACAAGUGGAUAUGUCAACCAGUAGACUACUCUGACACACCCAAGGCCAUCCGAGAAGCAUCUAUAGUGCAGCUCUACUACUUAACUAAAAUUUUAGAUUUAUUAGACACAGUGUUUUUCGUGUUACGGAAGAAAUUCAACCAGGUGUCGUUCCUGCAUGUGUACCACCACACUGGCAUGGUGGUGCUGAUCUGGGCAGCCGCCACAUAUUAUCCAGGAGGGCACGGGACUCUGAUUGGUGUGAUCAACUGCUUCGUACAUACCGUUAUGUACUCGUACUACCUGCUGACUGUAGCCUAUCCCGAGAAGAAGAACAACCUGUGGUGGAAAAAGUACAUCACUCAGUUGCAAAUUCUACAAUUCUUCCUGUGCGUGCUGCACAUGACCACCAUCGUGUUCAAACCGGACUGCGAGUACCCGCGCUGGAUCUCCGCCGUCUUCCUUCCACAGAACCUCUUCAUGCUCAUCCUCUUCAUAGACUUCUACAUCAAGGCCUACAUCAAGAAACCCAGACUCGAGGCCGAAAAGAAAGCGAUAGAAGAAAAACAAAAGAAGUCCGACCUCAACGGUGACGCGAAACCGAACGGAAAAGUAAAAGAAAACGGUUUCAAAAAUGGAAUAAAAAAGAACGGAAUUCAAAAUGGGAACAAAACUCUGGGGCACGAGAAUGGGUACCACAAAAACAAUAUUAACAACGGAAAGAAGGAUGUCUAGUAUCUGUGCAGAUUUGGGUAUUAUCGACGAAAUUAGUUAUCAGAUUUAAUAUUAUAGGCGCUUUUUAAAACAAAAAAUCAUUUGAAUGACGUUUACAGCUAUUCGAUUGCACCAAAUUAUUUGUCGUAAUAGGUAUAAUUAUAGGUUUAGAAAUAGUUUGUAACUAAAAAUUUUAGUUUUAUAAUUAGUGGUAAGAAACUUUUAUUAUUAUAAAUAAGUUUUAAGUUAAUAAACUACCUAUUUAUAAAAGAAAA